AUGUUCCGAAUCCUUGAGUCGCAAGCUCCGGCCAAACAAACGGCAACGGACACAAUCGACGUUUUGAGCAAUAGGCUACAGAGUGCAACUUUACUGGAAGAUCGACGGGCUGCGAUACAAGGCCUACGAAGCUUCGCAAAAUUAUAUCCUGCAUCUGUUGCUUCAGGGGGUCUGCGACCUUUGAUAAGCAGCUUGCACAAUGACAGCGAGGAUCCAGACACCAUCAAGGUGGUCCUAGAGACCCUGUUGAUGUUAUUUACCCCAGACGAGAACAGCCCUGAAGCGUCGGAUGAAAUAGCUCUAUGGCUGGCCGACGAAUUUACUCAGCGGCAAGACAAUAUCACAACAUUGCUAGAUCUUCUCGAAAGCAAGGACUUCUAUUCACGCCUAUACUCGCUUCAAUUGAUGUCCCACAUCUCUGGCGCGAGACCUGAACGAACACAAGAAUGCAUCUUCACCGCACCAUUGGGUAUUUCCCGCCUGGUAGGUGUGCUGACAGAUGGUAGAGAGCCUGUUCGAAACGAGGCUCUCCUCCUCCUCAUUGCUUUGACCCCCGCUUCCGAAGAGCUGCAGAAGCUUGUUGCAUUCGAAAAUACAUUCGAGAUUCUGUUCUCUUUAAUCGAAUCGGAAGGUUAUCUCACCAAUGGCACCGAGGUGGUGGAGGACUGUUUGUCCUUACUCGCCCAAUUACUUAGGUAUAACAUAUCCAACCAAUCAUACUUCCGGGAGACUGGCUGCAUACAGAAGGUGACGAAGCUUCUCAUUGAGUGCCAGCAAUACCAAGAAAAUGAUGAGGCUCCUCCUCAAUGGGCUCUGGUGCAGCGCGACAAAAAUGUCUGGGGUCUCUUGGCCAUCGUUCAACUAUUCUUGAUUCGUGGAGGCAAGGGCACUCCAAGCAACCAGACAGCAUUUUGGCAACAUGGUGUGACGGAGCAGGUACUCAGUAUAGCCUUUGGACAGAAGUUCAAUGUGAAUGUCACGUCCAAAGCUCUCGCGGCGUGUGCUGACCUAAUCCGUGGGAAUCCGCCUUUACAAGAGCGCUUUGGAGAUAUUGAAGUCUCCUGGGGCUCACAAGCCAAGAGUAUCAAUGGCGGUGCGAAGCCAGAGCGAAUUAAUGUUAUCGAGGCAUUCUUGAAACUGAGCCUUGAGCCCGCUCCCAACAAUAUGUUGGAUGCGCGUCUCGCAGCCUGCGAGUGCAUGCAAGCCUUUUUUGCCCAUCAUCCUGGAAUUCGUAUGCAUGUUCUUCGGCGUGCAAUUGAAGGGCAUACUAGUGGGCAGGACCGGAUCCCCAAUAUUUUAUCCGUAUUGCUGACAGCACCUGAAUCCCGAGGCAAUGCUGAUCCAUAUCAAGUCUGGAUGGCAAGUGUUCUUAUGUUUCAUCUGAUUUUGGAUGACCCCGACGCAAAAGCGACAGCGAUGCAAGUCACCGAAGGUGAUGCGGAAAGUGGCGAAGAAGUCGUCACUAGCGUUCAGUCGGUAGUUGGUAACUUGAUAACUGGGUUACAUCGUGGUGACGAUGAAAGAAUCACGGUCGGCUAUCUCAUGCUGCUUUGUGGUUGGCUCUACGAGGACCUUGAUGUUGUGAACGAUCUCCUUGGAGAAGGUAGCAGCAUUCAAACACUGCUGCAGGAAAUCAAGCAUCCGAGAACGCCUAGCAAGUUAAUUCCCGGUCUUUGUACAGCUCUGUUGGGUAUUAUUUACGAGUUCUCUACCAAGGAUUCGCCCAUCCCCCGAGUCACUUUGCACAAGCUACUUAUUGAGCAACUUGGUCGAGAGCAGUAUAUUGACAAGAUUACUAAGCUAAGGGAAUGCCCACUGGUUCGCGACUUUGAGGUUCUUCCCCAAACAGCUGCUGGCCAACUUGAAGGUGGACUACCUGAGGUUUUCUUUGAUCGGUCUUUUGUUGAAUUUCUCAAGGAUAACUUCAGUCGGCUCAUCCGGUCCAUUGAUCGUGAGCCGGGCUUUGAGAUAUCAAUUGUUGCUAAUGGUGUUGAAAAAGGUGUCUCGCGGGAGCUCGUGGACUCUCUUCGCGCGGAACUGGAGGAUCGGAGUCAAUCAAUCCAAAAAUUGGAAACGGAUCUUGUCGAUAUUCAACGCAAGCUUGACCAGGAGUUGUCUGACCACCGGAAGACGAAGGAAUCAACCUCUUGGGAGAUUUCCAAAGCUCAGCAGAACCAGCAGCAUCUUCAAUACAGCCGUGACCAGGAUCUGGCAAAGCUGGAAGAGCAGCAUAAGCAGGCAAAGAAUGCCUUACUGAAACAACAUGGGGAGCAACUUCAUGCUAUUGACAAUCAAUUGAAGCAGGCCUCGGCUGAGUAUGAAAGGAAAAGUGCCAAGGUACGAGAGCACCACGAACAGGAGACUGCAAGAUUUCAAAAGACCAUUCGUGGAUUGGAGUCCGAGCUUUCUAAGGCUCGGGAACAGCACACUGCCGAGGUUACUAGCUUGAAAAAGACUAUCCAGGAUCUACAGCAGUCCAUCAGUCAGUCCACAGAAGGUCAUGCUGGCGAGAUUGCUCGCUUGCAAAAGACAAUCCAGGAACUAAACUCAACUCUUGGGCAAUCUAACGAGGUCCAUGCCAAAGAGCUUGCUAGUCUUCAGAAGACAAUCCAGGACUCGGAGACUAGUGUUGGCCAGUCCAAGGAGCAGCAUGCCGAGGAAAUUGCUGGGCUGCAGAAGACCAUCCAGGAGUUGGAGUCGACUCUCAGUCAGUCCAAAGAAGGCCAUGUCAGCCAGGUCGCAGAUCUACAAAAGAAGCUGGAAAGUCUGGAAUCUCUUCUCUCUUCCAACAAUAGCCAACAUGAGACAGAAGUCUCAGCCUUCAAAGACCAGAUUGGAACUCUGGAGUCGAACUUGGCCUCUGCCCAAGUCCAGUAUGAGAGUGAGAGUGCCGAUCUCAAGAAUACCAUCGAGACCCUCCGGUCGGAUCUUGAAAAAGCCCAAGAGAAGUUCACUAAGGAUGCCGAAUCAGCCAACGAAGCUGUAUCAUCCCGACUCUCUGCGCUAGAGAAACGAGCCAAUGAAGCCGAAAAAAUGGCUAAGGAGGCUGAAUCACAAGCUCAAAGUGUCGCCCAGGCACUGAAAGAGGCCCAGGCUCAGCUUGAAAAAGCCCAGUCAGAGGUCAAAGAGAAAGAGGAGGCUUGCCAGGCCACUCAGUCGGAAUUGGAUGACUUACUUAUCGUCUUUGGGGACUUGGAGGCCAAGAGAAAUGAGGACAAGCAACGACUCAAAGACCUUGGCCAGGAAAUCUCAGAGGAUGAAGAAGAUGAUGAUGAAGAGGAGUAA